AUGGCGACAGCCUCUACCGUCCCACCUGUGCCCGUCAAACGCUCCGAUUCCGACAUAUCUCCCAAGACGACUGUACCUCGGAGCGAUUCGGAGACAAGAGGCCCCAAGGCUGACUAUUUCUCUUGCGACUCCAACACUGUCGAUGGAUCCAAUACUAGUGUGAGGGCCAGCGACGGCGACGACGGGUCGUCAGGUCACAAAUCGAGCGUCUCCUUCGCUGCCGACCCGCCGUCAGUUCGCAGCGCAAGCCUCGAGAGCAACGAUAAUGCAGGAAAACCAACCGGAUCAUUGAUUAGCAGGCACUCAUCCAUCAGCUCUGUCACAUUCCGUUCGCCAAAAAAUCCUACACUGCCACAAGGAAAGCCUCAAAAGAUGGGCAACGAGCGUAUCCGUGUCAGUUCUCCUGCUCCAGCUAGUCCUGCCUGUGGGUUUGUUACCUGGUCGAAACGAUUCCCUGUCGCCGAGUCAAACUUGAAAACCUCCUCGAUCGAGCCUCCCGUUAUCCAAAACCCAUGUUUUCACAUGCGAACCAUGGUCCGAAUACGGUUCCAUGUGGCGUGUCCACAAAAGCUCGUUGCUUUCAGACAUGAUCUUUAA